CCUUGCCUUGCUCCCCUGCGCUUCCACCUCCAUCUCCGUAAUCCACCCAUACUCAUCAUCAUCACAAGCUCAUCGACGACACCUCGACCGGCCACCGAAUCAGAGGUUCACCAGCUUUUUCCACCAUCGACACACGAGAAGCAUCCUCACAGUUCCACUGAGCCCUCGGAGCUCCCCGUGGCAAGAUGGGUCAAAACCAAUCAGGAAUGGGUGGCGGAGGUGAUGGAAAGGACGAGAAGGACAAGAAGAAAGAGAAGCCCAAGUACGAGCCUCCCCCACGUCCCACCACCAGAGUCGGCCGCAAGAAGAGAAAGGCGGCCGGCACCAGCGCCGCUGCGAAGCUCCCUGCCGUUUUCCCCACCAGCCGAUGCAAGCUCCGCCUAUUACGAAUGCAGCGAAUUCACGAUCACUUGAUCCUCGAGGAGGAGUACGUCGAGAACCAGGAGCGUCUUCGCCGGGCCAAGGCCGCCAAGGAGGGUGCCGCCAUCGGCCCCGAGGGCGAUGUCGACCGUAUGGCCGACGAGCGUGGCCGUGUUGACGAUAUGCGUGGCAGCCCCAUGGGUGUUGGCACGUUGGAGGAGAUGAUUGACGAUGACCAUGCGAUCGUCAGUAGCACCACCGGUCCCGAGUACUACGUCAGCAUCAUGAGCUUCGUCGACAAGGACCUGCUGGAGCCCGGCGCCAGCGUCCUGCUCCACCACAAGAGCGUCAGCAUCGUUGGUGUCCUGACCGAUGACGCUGACCCCCUCGUCAGUGUGAUGAAGCUGGACAAGGCGCCGACGGAGUCAUACGCCGAUAUUGGUGGUUUGGAGCAGCAGAUCCAGGAAGUCAGAGAGUCGGUGGAGCUGCCUCUGCUGCAUCCCGAGCUGUACGAAGAGAUGGGUAUCAAGCCUCCCAAGGGUGUCAUCCUUUACGGUGCUCCCGGUACCGGAAAGACGCUGCUUGCCAAGGCUGUCGCCAACCAGACCUCGGCCACUUUCCUGCGUAUAGUGGGAAGUGAGCUUAUCCAGAAGUACCUUGGUGACGGUCCUCGCCUUGUCCGUCAGCUAUUCCAGGUCGCCGGCGAGAAUGCUCCCUCGAUCGUGUUUAUCGACGAAAUCGAUGCUAUUGGCACGAAGCGUUACGACUCGACUUCGGGUGGUGAGCGUGAAGUCCAGCGAACCAUGCUGGAGCUCCUCAACCAGCUCGACGGUUUCGACGAUCGCGGCGACGUCAAGGUCAUUAUGGCCACGAACAAGAUCGAGACGCUCGACCCGGCCCUGAUCCGUCCCGGCCGUAUCGACCGAAAGAUUCUCUUCGAGAACCCCGAUCAGAACACCAAGCGCAAGAUCUUCACUCUUCACACAUCCAAGAUGUCGCUUAACGACGAUGUCGACCUUGAGGAGUUCAUCUCGCAGAAGGACGACCUCUCUGGUGCCGACAUCAAGGCCAUUUGCUCUGAGGCGGGUCUGUUGGCCCUUCGUGAGCGCCGCAUGCGCGUGCAGAUGGCCGACUUCCGGUCGGCCAGAGAGAGAGUCCUGCGCACCAAGCAGGAGAGUGAGCCUGAGGGCUUGUACUUGUAGUUGGUGUACGACGACUGUACGUAGCUGGGGCUAGGGCUAGACGGGGCUACGAUAGAUAAUGGCAAGGCAAGCCUUGGUGUUGACUUGGCAUUGAUUAACGAUACUGGA